ACCUAGCCUAAGUAUAUCAUCGACAGUGUUUUGGGGGAAGAAGCAGAGUUUAUUUCAGAUCGCACACUGAGUCACAUCGCCAGUCAGACAACGUUCAUCAUUACUGUGUAAACUACUUCUCUCAUUUCACUUCAAGCAAAUAUAUUCUGAACAGAAGUACAUUUCUUGGAUCUGUUGGUAAACAUUGGUUCCUUUGAUUUAACAUUGAGAACUGUCUUUUAUUCAAUUAUCGAGGAAUGUUAUUGUGAGACAGCAUCGUGUUUGCAACGAAUGUUUAAGAAUGAACUAUUUUGAAGAAGAUCUGCCUGUUAGACAUCUAUCAUAUUGAAACAAGUAUACUACGGAGCAAGUGUGAUUGGAUGAUUGUUUAACCAACGUGUCAUGGUAGAAGCCUCCUCAAUGUUUUGAGUGUAUUCUUUGACCCGCUGCCACGUAUACUAUGGAAUCACCCAAAGGACUAAGCAAGUUCAACAGUGCGAGGUUCGGCCCACAUGCAAACUUUAGAUCUGAUUUCGAAGACGACUCAUUUAUGGCUCAUCAUAGUUUGACAAAAUCAGCACGGCGCCCUCAGACUUCAUUUGUAAUCCAGACGAGCCUUUACGUGUUUGUUGCUAUGGUGAUUAUGGUGUGUGGACUAAUUCAUCUCUUCAUCUAUCGACGUAGAAGGAAGGCUAAGAAGAAGAAACACAUGUAUGAGAACACCAAACCCAGCAAAUCUGGCCGCUCGUUUCUAGUUGAACCCAAGCUGUUUGAAAAGAAGUCAAAGACAACAUCGUCCAAAGUGAAUAACUCCGAGGUACAUUACAAGGAACCAGCUAAAGCACUAUGCUACAGCAUUGUUGAUAUCACUGACAAUGUAUCGAUGAAGGAACACUUCACCCAUCAUCUUAAAGAGUCAAAAACAGUGCCAAUGAGGCAACAUUUUAACCACCUACGGAAGUCAGAACCAGACUUGAGGAAGUCGGGUGACUAUUACGAGAGCAUCCAGAUUCCUGCCCAGGACAAUAAAAAAGGAUUUGCCUCAAAUGCGAAGAGCAAGGCCAGCGAGGCAACGGCGAAGCUGAAAAAGUUUGGUGCAAAUAAGAAGACAAAGUUACAAAGGACAUUUCAGUCAUUGACAAAUCUCUGUGUGACUAAUUUAGACAGUUGUGAGGAUCUUACAAAGGGGAAGGAUACUUCGAAGUGUGAUUACAAUCGAUUAAUGACGCCUCCAACACAGAUGGGUCGAUCUGUUGGAAACAUCUAUGACACACUUAGUAGACAAAAUCCUUGGAAAAUAGCAGCAAGGGGACCUGAAAGAUACGAAGAUAUUGAAGUUCAUAUCGCAAGAGUCGAAAAGCCACUGAAAAAAGAUGACAGAAAACGAUACCAAUCUAUAACUGUACCUAAGUUUUGUCCUGAGAAAGGUCAGUAUAACGAGGGACGGUUUCCGCUGACAGGACUAACUGGAUCAAAAGCUCCCAAAUGGCGCUGUAAUAGGUUCUGGAGACAAAGUAUGACGUCCGAAUACGACCACGUAGAGAUGAAACUUCCAAUGUCUACCAAGUCUACUCAUAAACCAUCGGUCGCACCAAAACGGUUUACUCCCGUCUAUUUCACCCUUGACCCUUCAUUGAAAAAAACCUCAAACAGAAAUCAUUUUAACAACAUCUAAGUAAAACGUUUUUUCUGGCUAUUUAUUAAUUAGUUACUAUAUCUUCCUGAUUUAUGUUUUUACAGCGUAUGUAACCUUGUAUGAUUACGAUGAAUGUCUGUUGUCCACGAGGUGUCAUCUUCUUGACGUAGGACAGCGUCAUCUUCCUGACGCAGGGCAGCGUCAUCUUCCUGACGCAGGGCAGCGUCAUCUUCCUGACGCAGGGCAGCGUCAUCUUCCUGACGCAGGACUCCGCGUCUAUUAUGACUGGUACCGUCAAUAGCGUGCAAAGUAAAAGGGACAUGAUCAUGACAGUGAAUGUAAAUGGGCAAGAACAACAUCCCUUUGACUUGAAGAUGUUUGGGUUGAUGGCCUCAAAAUGCUUUAUUAGCGCAAUUAAUAACGCAAUCCAAAUGACGCCUCCUGUAAGGCGGCAACAAAUGGUUGGUCAUAGUGGAAAAUCACCGUCAGACAGAAACAAAGAAGAAACAAACUUUAACAAUAGAUAGGUUUGACUCACUGCCAGUCACCUCGAACAGGUAAACCUUAGCUUAGAUACUGUUGCCAGCAGUCUUUUAUUGUCUUGUUAUGACACAUUUUUUUACAAGAGGUCCUCUGAAAAUAAAUAUUGUUUUAAUUUUCGAAAAAAUAAAAUCUACUAACAUGCCUAAUAAUGUUUUCUAUAAAUUUAGUAGCGAGGGUUUUGCCAUUGGUGUCAUGUCAAGGGCUGGAAAACAUGUAAAAACACACUCGCCACACAAACCUAACUUGUCCGAGAGUAAAAGUAAUAGUCAAAACGAUUUAAAGAGUAUCCAUACAAGUUUAAAAAUAGAUGGCUUUCAUAUUUCAACUUAAAUUAGAAUCCCAAACAACAACAACAACCUCACUCAAAAUACUCCAUUAUCUCUGAUUGAAAACAAGAUUACAAGAAAUACCUUGAUGUUCAAUUUUCGACUUCAAUUUCCUUAUAAAGGUCACUCACGAGUAUUAUGUGGUCAAAGGCUAGACAGGGAAUGACAGUAUCUAAAAUUGAAAAUCGAGUAAUAAAUUUGAUCUGUUAUACCUCAAUCUGAAGUCCUGUGAUCAAGGUAUAUAGGGUGUCUUUUUGAAGCUAAGGUGUGCAAAUCUCAGCACGCGGCGUCUCCGGUACAGACAUAGCGGACGGAUAUUAACCCCGGGUUCAAUGGCUGCCCACCCUCUCUCUCACAAAGAACCCCUUUACGUACCCCACAUAAGAUAGGUACAUAGUCCCUCAAUCUCACUAGAGACAUAUAUCUUGUUACUUUGUCUACGAAAAUAGUAAGCAGCUUGAGUGUAGUGGUCUAUAAUACCUAUUUUGAGUUUACGAUGUAGGUCUCCAGAGACAAUUACCGUUUUUGAAUUCACUUUGAUCAUUGUAAAAUCAUCGCAAUUUGAUUAUGCCGCAGUAUUAACGAAUCAGUAAAUCAUUUAUCUGAUACAAGCAUUUAUUAUACACUCAUAUCUUCAUGUAUUUCAUAAAGUACAUAAUAUGAUUAAUUUUACAAGUAAACAUUUCUCACUUCCACUUGUAUAAGACGCUGGCAAAUAGAUGUUGCCUAUAACUAAAAAUGUCCUUUCAAUGCAAAAUACUUUUGUUUUUAAAUGUGUCGAGUGGAUGCAGAGUUAUAGAUUUACAAUGCUAUGCAUUCUUCGAUACACAGAUAGAAGGCUGUGAACAAGAGUAAUAUUGACGUUCAUAAACAACAUACUCUUGGCUUAUUUUAAAGUACCUCGGGUAAUUUCUAAAGGUAAAUAAUGUCAUUAUGUACUAACAGACAUUUAAAUAAUUGCUGGAAAAAUAUUGUUUUUAUAUUUUGAUGCUGGUAAUGAUUACAAGUACAGUUCGAAUGAUGUCUUUAAUUAUUUAAGACGGAAAGACGUACGAUGCAUUGUGUAAACAAAAUAUUUGUGUAUUUUAACAUGGAAAGUACUUUUUUAAUCAUAGUUAUUGUCGUAUUCUAUGUGGUGUAUUGACGCAUGCAGUUAUGUCAGAUUUUAUCAAGUAUAUUAAAUCCCAUUUAUGUAAAUUACUUUGGUGAAAAGUGAAUAUAUUAUCUUAAAGCAUAAGAAAAGCAUCCAUCUCAACAAAAUCUCGAACUGUUUCAUUGUGCUGUAACUCAAGCGUUUUAAGGACUUUGGUAUCACUCCAAUUACAUGUGUUUGCUUUUAAAACUAUAAUUACACCUAUUAUAAUUGUGUUGUUCCAAUUAGACUAUUAAAAUGCAAAAACCGAAAUAUAGACUUGAUUAUAGCAUGAAAUGCGUAAGAAUCAAGCAAGUUCUUGAUUUUGAUGAAUAUAUUAUUCAAAGUAUUGUUGUAUUCUACAGACUAUACCAUUAUGAUAUUGUGUGAAUAAACUUUCAAAGAACAACCUGAGACUGAA